AUGUGCGGAGUUUCGCAAAUCCUUCUGACAUCGGUGAGACAUAUGAUGGAUAUGAGGAGUGACCUCCGUGGUGUUCAAGAUUCGUGGCGAUACCGCGAGCGAUCCAUCACGGCUGUCCAGGAACUGGUGCCCGCCGAGCACCAUUUAAUGGGAUUCAUUCGAGGGCGAUCUCGCUCCGUCGUGGGGUGGCCCCGGCCGCGCGGGAGACGGGAGGCUUGCGGGUCAAUAAAGCUAUUAGACGGCGCUGCGAUGCCCAUUACCGAUAGCCGGCGGGCGGAGGGAGGG